CCCAGAAACUAAAACACCGCCAAUCAGUUACGGCCACGUAACAAUAGAUCCCCAACUCCUACUCACGAAACCUAAUCAUGGGGUGUUUGGGAUAAUUAUAGCGGAGGUGAAAAAGCCGUUACCGGGAGAAUCGGGAGGAUGGAGCAACUGAAUUUUAAAAAAGGGAGGGUAAGGGUUAAGGUUGCGUUAAGGGGGGCUUUGUUAAGAAACAGUGAAGGAAACAAUUUUCCAGUGACGGUUUGUUUUCUCUCGCGGCUGCCGUUGCUGUUUCGGUCUCCCCUGAAUGCCUUAAUCAGUGUUCAGGGCACUUCUUCUUCUCGGGUUUGUAAAUUCUUCUCUCAUAUCAUAUGUGCUGUGUUUGAUUCUGGAGAAAGUGGAAGUCAAAAAAGGAGAACUCUUUUUGAAUUCAAAUUUCCUUCAAUUUUCUCCUAGAUUCUUUCGAGAAUCACGCGUUUAUAAUAUAUGUUUGCUUGUGUAUGUAAUUGUGAAACACCCAUUGGGGUUUAGGGAGGCAUACAUGUUGUUGGAUUCUUGUGCCCUAGAUUUGAUUUUGCAUAAUUGCCAUAGCAUUUCACAACGACUAGUUUUGACAAAAUCUAUGUUGACUGAUGACUUCCUGAUUUUAAAUUCUUACGAGUACAUUAAAAAUCCUGAUCUUGGCCUAUAAAUUUUCUCUUGAUUUCCAGGAAAUUGUUGCGAUUUAUGAGUGGAAGAGCGAGGGAUUGAUAGGUGAUGGUGGAUUAAAAUGGGUACAAGUGACAUUCCUUUUACAUUGCAAGCGAAAAUGAAAGAAAAUGAGCCCGGCACUUAACUUUUGCUACCUGAUUGCCACUAUUGGAUUCCUGGGAACUAAUCUCCCUUGGAAGGCAAAUCCUCAGGGGAUCCUCUGAGAGAAUUGGCCCUGGCAUGCACUGCUGUCAUUUGCAACUGUAUCAGAUUCUAUAAAAUGGCAGUGACGAUUGAUCAACAUCACGGAUUCAAGCCUUUUAGAUUGUCUCAGAGAUGCAGACUCCAAUCCUUCACUCUACUCGAUAACAAACUUCGCGAACUUAGCCAAACCAAUCUUGCACACUCGCUAAAAGAAGCAUUUAAAGUUGCAAAUGUCCACCGAAGCUUCUCCAUGCCAUGCCUUUCCCUAGCCACUAGGGUGGAGGAAGAGUUUGACCCCACUCCAAGAAUUGAGAUUAUUUCUGGCUGUGGAAUCCCCAGAGUGCGUGCUCUUGUGGUUGAAGUUGCCAUAGCUUUGGCCUCAGGUAUGGACCCGUUGCCAGUGUCCAGUGGACUAGGUGGUGCCUACUUCUUGCGUGGGAGGAAUGGCGAUAAUAUUGCUCUGGCAAAGCCUAUUGAUGAAGAACCCUUAGCCUUCAAUAACCCAAAAGGCUUUGGGGGUCUGAUGCUAGGCCAACCUGGCUUAAAACGCUCAGUGCGCGUAGGAGAAACAGGCAUCCGAGAACUGGCUGCUUAUCUGCUUGACCAUGAUGGGUUUGCAGGUGUUCCUACAACAGCUCUGGUGAAGAUCUCUCAUGUUGCAUUCCACGUUCGAGGUGAAUCAGUUAUUCCAGCUGCACCCUAUAAGAUCGCCUCGCUUCAAUGCUUCAUGGAUCAUGAUUUUGAUGCAGGGGAAUUGGGUCCUUCAGGCUUCUCAGUGGCUUCAGUUCAUCGGAUUGGGAUUUUUGAUGUAAGACUCCUGAAUCUUGAUCGUCAUGCUGGAAACAUGCUUGUCAAAAAACAUGACCAGCAUGAGAAUUAUUCUGUUGGGGCUGCUGAGCUUGUUCCUAUAGAUCAUGGACUCUGCCUGCCUGAGUGGCUAGAUGAUCCUUAUUUUGAAUGGCAGCACUGGCCACAAGCCUCGGUUCCAUUUUCAGAAUCCGAAUUGGAGUACAUAUCAAACCUUGAUGGUUUCAAAGACGCUGAGCUUUUAAGAAAGGAGCUUCCUUCUUUAAGGGAAUCAUCCAUUCGGGUACUUGUCCUUUGCACCAUUUUCUUGAAGCGAGCUGCUGCUGCUGGGCUCUGCCUUUCUGAUAUAGGUGAAAUGAUGACUAGGGAGUUUUGUGGUGGAGAAGAAAACAUAAGUGUGCUAGAGAAUCUGUGCGCAGAAGCUAAAGCAAAACUGGGUAAUGCAUCCAUUGAUGAGACAAAUGAUCAUGAUGAAAGGAUAGAAGAAAGCGAAGAAGAUUUUGAAAUAUUUCAAUUUGACAAUGAUUUUGAAGAGACUUCUAAACUUCAGAACCCUAAAGUGAUGGCUAAACAGCCCAAAAUUCCACGGUUCUCAUCUGUUAAAUCAAUGCCUGGUAUGCAUGAUGCCACCUUGUCUCCACUAUAUGAGGAGGUUGACAAUGACCGUGACAUUGACGAUAAUGUUGAUUUGGAUACUAAGAGCGUCAAAGGAAAUGGUAACGGUGACAAUGACAAAAUUGAGGCACUGACUAGGAGCAUGAGUUUUGCAGUGCAGAAUUGUAACAAUAGUGAAACUGGGUUCGUCACUUUUGGAGACAUGAGUGAAAGUGAAUGGGAAAUCUUCUCUGAGAAUUUUGGGAAACUUUUGCCAGAGGUUUUCGAGGGCACAAAGUUCAUGGGUUUGAAGCAAAGGUUGGGAACUUCUUGCAAGUUCUGAGAAAUAUUCGAGGAAAAAAAGAUGGGAACGGGAAUGUUGCUUGCUUGUAUCUAAGACUGGAGAAACUGUACAUUACUGCCCAAAUUGUUUUAGUACAUAGGCUUGUAGAUAUAUAUGUGUAGACGGUCAUUAGAGCAUGAUGGAAAAGCGAUUAGGCAAAAUGUGCCAUCCUUUCCUUUUCACUUGUUUUCUUUCCUUUUACAUGUUCAUUGUACACUAUCUGGUUGUCAUGAACAUGAUGAAUUUGUACAGAUUAUUCCGAGAUAAUUACAUUGCUGCUGUUCUUGAAUCGAAA